AGUGGAUAAAACCGAACAGCAGCUCUGGCUCAGUCACAACUCCUCAGUGCCAGACAAAGGCGGCAGCCCAAAAACCACACACACACAUUUAAACAAAAAAAAACGACUUCUUCCGGAACAAUCUCCUGCAUUCUGAGCUGAGUUUUGGAUGCUCUGACUUGCCUUCACCUCUGGAGCUGAUUGUGUGUCAGAAUUUAUUCUCCAACUUGGGACCGUUGUUGGACUUCAGCAGUGGGAAAAAUCUCCAUUGGAUUUCCUUUCCUGUCUUGUGGCUGCACAAAAUGUUUCACCCGUAGUUCAGGGAGGCAUUAGCUACCUGCUGGUUUUAGGAUGACUGCUACCAACACUUUGAUGCUGCAGAGUUUCUUCUAAUUGUGUGAAUGUGUGUGUAUCAGGAUGACUGUUCCAAUGCUCAAGAUUGGUGCUGUGCUCAGCACCAUGGCUAUGGUAACUAACUGGAUGUCCCAGACUUUGCCGUCGCUCGUUGGACUCAAUGGAACCAUCAUCUCCCCUGAUGGCACACACGAGCGGAUCAUCAGUUGUUUUUAGAGAGGCUUUGCAGCCAAAUCACUGUGACAGGCUGGCGAACAUCAGAUUGAGCUCAGCGGUUCGUCUUCAUUGUUCUAAAACGCUAGGAUUGUACCCUGGCUCAGAGGAAGGCUGGCAAGUGUACAGCACGGCCUCAGAUCCGGACGGCCGGUGUGUGUGCACGGUAGUCGCCCCUGCUCGAAACCUGUGCAAACGAGACCCCCGGAACCAACAGCUACGCCUGCUGACUGAACAGGUGCAUUACCGCCACCUACUGGUGCAGAAUGUGAGUCAGUCCAUGGAGGUGGUGCACCUGCGAACAUCAAGAGACCUUCAGUAUGUUCGAGACUCUGAGCCGCUGCUGAGGGGAGUUGAUGGUCACUUACACACGUAUGUGGCCAGUCCCCGCACUCUAACUUCUAAGACCCUCCAGGAGUUAAAGGGCCAGAUGUCUCAGCUGCGGCCCCUGUUGUCGGUGGUGGAGCAGUACAGAUUGGACUUGCAGAUGCUGGCCACCUUGCGAAUGGAGCUGCUCAACCUAUCGAUCAUCCUGACAGCCAUUCAGGAGGAGGUUGGAGCAUAUGACUAUGAAGAACUUCAGCAAAGGGUGUUGCUGCUGGAGACCAGGCUGCACAGCUGCAUGAACAAACUGGGUUGUGGUCGCCUGACUGCAGUUAGCAACCCGAUCACUGUGAAAUCGUCAGGGUCCCGCUUUGGCUCCUGGAUGACUGACGCCAUGAUUCCCAGCUCUGACAGCAGGGUAGGUGCAUGAAGUCCAAAGAUCAACUG